CUCCCUUUCCAUCGUCUUCCCUCCCCAAUCUCUAACGCCUAAUCCUCCGCUCCAAUUCCUUCUCCGACCCUCUCCCAAUCUCUCUUUCUUCCCCCGAUUCCGUUUUCUCUCUACACUUACCAGGACUGCAGAGAUCAAAUGGCGUUGCCGAAUCAGCAGACUGUGGAUUACCCAAGCUUCAAGCUUGUAAUUGUCGGCGAUGGUGGUACAGGGAAAACUAGAUUUGUGAAGAGGCAUCUGACUGGUGAAUUUGAGAAGAAAUAUGAGCCUACAAUUGGUGUGGAAGUUCAUCCUCUUGAUUUUUUCACCAACUGCGGAAAGAUCAGAUUUUAUUUCUGGGACACUGCUGGUCAGGAGAAGUUUGGUGGUCUUAGGAGAAGUUUGGUGGUCAGGAGAAAUUGGACACGCUCCAAUUUCUUGAUAAGCUACGACGUCUACUACCUCAAUCUCUUGCAAAUCGCCGAUGCAGAGGAUAUGAACUCGCUCCUAAAUCAAUUGACUGUAGAGGGGCAUUUAAAGACUUUCAGUCAUCGUGAGAGGAAGAAGAUGCCGGACAUGUUGAACUGGUUCAGAUGGUGUACAUGGGAUGCCUUCUAUACUAAUGUUACUGCCCAAGGGGUGAAGCAGGGUUUGGAGAGUUUGGAGAAAGGCGGGAUUCCCCCAAAGUUUUAUAAUAAUUGAUGACGGGUGGCAGUCAGUUGACAUGGAUCCAACUAGUGAGAAAACAUAAGCAGAUAACUUUGCUAACUUCGCGAACAGAUUAACAAAUAUCAAGGAGAACCACAAAUUUCAAAAGGAUGGGAUAGAGGGUGAAAGAAUUGAGGAUCCAGCAAAAGGAAUCCAGCACAUUGUUUCAGAAAUCAAAGAUGAACACUCUGUCAAGUAUGGCCUCUUAGUGAUCUUACUUUUUAAGUGUUAUUUGUUAGUUGUUGACAUUAGAUAUUCUCGAUAUUGAUAUGUGAAUUUUAAGUGUUAUUUUAAGUUGUUGACAUGAA